AGUCCAUGAUCAACGAUCUGCAGAUGAGCGAUCACAAUUUCAAGCCUCUUCCGCAACGAUUCGCUUUAUCGAAUCGUUCUCCACACUCCGACCAACUCCAUUAGUUAUUUAUCCCUAAUGUGAUAUGUUUUAUGGGCAGUAUGUGCAUCAAUUUAAUAAACGGCUCCACUCGGUAGCGUCCAAUUGAAUCGAUCAAAAGGGGUCGCUUGCGGCAUCAGAGCGGUACAGCAUCCGACAAAGAUCCGAUCCACGUUUGUGCCAUAGGACAACGUGUCUAACGAAACAAAACCUUUAGAGCAGAUGAUGCUGAUGAUGGAUCAAGGGUCAAUCUCGUGUGAAGAUGAUUCAAAUGCAAUUGCUCCUGCUACUGCUGCUGCUGCCACUGCUGAAGAGAAGAGCAUAUUCGUGCCGCAGCGAUUUAGAUUUAGUGCAACCACGGGCAGGCGGCUAGAACAGUUCAGUUUCUUACAGGUUCGGCCAGGUCGUUAACGGUUUCGUUUGACCAGUUUAAAAUGUUCUUAAUUUCGAUGUCAAAACCACGUUUUUGACGUACAACAGCAAACGAAGCAGUGGGAAUCAAUCGAUAUUCCUGCUGAUUUUUAUCAUUUUGCGGCAUCACCAUAUCUUUCAUACCACGCUGUCGAGUGAAUGUUCGAAAUGUUUUAAGAGAGCAUCUUUUGGAAGACUACUGCAGCAACAUUUCAGUAAAAUCAAUGUGAAAAGUUUAAAAUAACAAGUGAAUACUCCAGUGCCAAAGUUAGUGCCAAAGGAUUUGCGGAGCAAAGUAAAACGGACGCAAAAUGGGAGUGAAUGAUAGUGAAAAUCGCAAGGAUUCGAUUACAUCAUCGACUUCCUCCUCACAUUUGGAUCUGCAGUUGUUGCAGCGGUUGUUUGUUAAAUUUGAACCGGAUUUAACGAUUGACUCAUAUGAGGAAGCCCAAGGAUCCGGACGCGGCGACAACUAUACGGCAGCAUUAUUUCGCAUUGCGCUGAAGGGCCAUACCCAACCCGAAGGUAGCUCGAAAAAGUUAAAAUGGGAAAAGAGCAUUAUCUGCAAACGUCUACCGGAUUGCAAGAUCAAGCGGGAAGCGUUUAAAAGUGAAGCAUUAUUCCGCAAUGAAGUCGUUUUCUACAAUACCAUCAUUCCCGAGUACAUCGAUUUUCAGCGACGCCAGUUGGCCGCAGUGUUCGACGGCACGGCAGGAAAGCAUGGCAAAGAUCAGACUACUCCCGAAAGCGAUGAAAGACGGCCAGAUUUGGAUGAGAAUGGCAUCUUCCAGGCAAUUCCACAAUGCUAUUUGGCGCGCGACGAUUUGGUCGUUCUUGAGGAUUUGCGCGUACGCGCGUUUACGAUGCCCGAUCGCCAGGCUGGAUUGGGACCGAAGCAACUGGAAGCAGUUUUGGUAGAGUUGGCACGAUUCCACGCUGUCAGCCUCGCGUACAAACAGCGCCAUCCGAUGGAAUUCCAAAAGCUUAUCAAUUCCUUGGAAGAGGGUAUUUUCUCGCAAGCCAAUGCUGAAUGGUAUCGCAAGUAUUACGACGUUUUGACCCGCAACGCCAUUCAGAUGGUACGACAAACUGUGCCGGAGAAAAAGGAACACUUGGCAAAGUUGGAAGGAUUUCUAAGCAACUGUUUCGGACAUCUGGUGGAUUUGGUAAACCGUCAGAGUGAGCUUUCGGUCAUUUGUCACGGAGAUUGCUGGACAAAUAAUAUACUUUUCCGAUACACUGACGAUGGAGCAAUAGCAGAGACAUGCUUAGUGGACUUUCAGCUUAUUCGUCAUGGUUCGCUGGCACUCGAUUUAGCUUAUUUAAUUUAUUGCUGUACCGAUGGCUCUUUGCGCAAGAAGAAUCUGCAACACUGGCUUCAAACAUACCACCAUCAAUUGGUCCUAUCUCUUCGGCAUCUCUUGGGUGAUAUAUUUGACAACGUAUUUGGCUCGGAAAAGCGCUUAUGGGAAUUGAUUAACGAGGAGUUUAAGAUAUGUGCCCGUUUCGGGCUGGGAACGGCAAUGGAUAUGCUUCCAAUCAGUACUUGUUCCUCGGAGGAAGCACCUGAUCUUUACACAAGCGGGACGGACACAGCUGCAACGCCACCCGAACUGAACGUUCCGCCUAAUGAACAAUGCCGACAAAAAAUGACUAUGCUGGUGCUGGAGCUGAUCGACGGCGGAAUGCUCUAGAAUGUUUGUUUUGUGGCCCUAGUUCUUUCUUGAACUUCAUAAGAUGCAUGCUGCUGUACUAGCGAGACCUGAGGAUUAGGGCGGGCUCACUUUGGCGGAUAUGCCGCCCAGUAUUGCCAGUAUUUUACAGGGUAAGAAUUUAACAAUGUUAGUAAAGUGCAUUUAAUGUAUAAUUCGAAUUAUUCGAAGAAUUUAUGCUAUUCCAUGACAAUAAAACUCUUACAUUAUGAACAAUCACUCAACAGUAACAA